CAGAUGACAGUUUUUUAGAAAAAGAAAUUGUGCGUGCAUUUCGUUUGUUUGUGAAAAAAUUUAUCGUUCCCAUAUCGAGUCAAGCGUUUUCUAUUAUAAUACCUAGUAAAAAAAUUGAAAAAUAUUUUAAAUCUCAGACAAAAUGUCGAAACAUGAUGUUUUAUACGUAAAGGACAUGAAUAUUGAUAUUCACAAAAUUUAUCCCUGUUUUAGUCGGAAGGGGAAGACGACGAAGUAGAUGAAGAUAUCUGGGAUGAUCAAAAACUUAACGAUGCUUACGACAAAGCCCUAAAAAUGGCGAAUGCUGAAGUAGCUAAACGUAUUGCUAUGUCCACUAAUUCACAAAGUAAUAUCAAAAAACCAGUUUCAGACAAAUCCCAAAGUAAAAAAGGGAAGUCUUCAAAGUCAAACUCACAAAACAGUCAAAAGAAAACUAAGUGGAAGGCAGGCAUGCCUUGCCGAGCUGUGUAUGAGGAAGAUGGACUUGAAUAUGAAGCCUGUCUGCUGACUGUUCUCAAUGAUAUGGAGUGUGUAGUUAGGUUCUUAGGUUACAAAAAUUCUGAAGUGGUGCCACUCACCACUUUAAAGCAGUCUGAAGGCGAAGAAGCUCGUGCGAGGCAGAUUGAGGAGGCCCUGGCUUGUGAUGAACAACCCAAUGACUACAUGAGCCAUUCCUCGCAGCCUGAGAGUGUAGUUAACAGUGACCAUGGGGAACAAGCACAGAGGGACAUGGAAAUGCCGCCCAGCAGACGUUCAAAAUCACCGAAAAAGAAAAAGCGGUCCAAAAAUCACAAAUUGACGAAUGGCUUUGACCUUCCUGAGAUGCCCUAUCCAAUGCCUAACUUAGAUAUGUUGAUGAAUAUGGGUUCAAACGACUUGCCCUUGCCGCCGCCCCCGCCUAUGAUGUCCCCGUCUCCCGCCAAAGACUCCGAAGACCAAGCCAUCUCCUCAAUGCUGCUCAGCUGGUAUAUGAGCGGCUACUAUACUGGGCUCUACCAGGGACUUAAGAGGUCAAAGGAAAAUGGAAGAAACAAGUGAACCCAGACAAAAUAUACACAAAAAAACAAGGUCAUUUUUUUACUUUUUAUUUUGUUUCCCAAAAAAAACUACAUUAUGAUAUUAAAUAAAUAAAUUCAUGCCUCCGGUGUCUUGUAAACUAUGUACAAAAUAUACAUUCUGAUAAUUUUCAAUGUAUUUCAAUUUAUAUUAUUAAUAACGUAUUAUCGUCGUUCCUUUACUUAAUAAACAGUUUUUAUACAA